UCUUAAGUUUAGUUUAAGAAGAACCACGCUACGGUACACAAGCCCCAGUUCAUGGCACAAAACGAAGUGACGCGUCAAACAAAUCGAGUCUGAAGGAAACGCUACAAAGCAUUGGCGAACGGUAUAGAGCGGAAAGGCGGUAACGCAUGCGCGCAUACCAAACAUACAGUGUACCACUGAGAAGCAACAACAACGAAAAAUAAAAUCAAAACGAAAACGAAAAGUGAAACAAGUUUUAACGUUAGCGUUUGCUGUAUUGUGGGGUUUUGUCAGUUGGUUUGUUAGUCAGCCAGUUAGCCAGUUUCCUCUUUGUGUGUGUGUUUUUCGGCUUGAAUUUCGCAUGAUACGACAAAAAGUGAUGACGCAGAGUGAGUGAGUGACUGACGGUCGGAACGGUCGGUAUGCUACGGUGCGAGUGUGUAUUUGUGUGCGUGCGUUUUAAUAUGCAAUGAAAUUUCUUAAUAAGAGAAAAGAAACGAAACAAUGAAAUAAAGUGAAAUGAAAAGAAUUAGAAAAAAAUAGAUAAAAAUAAAAAACCAGUAAACCCCAAUUACAAAAUUAAAUUAUAACUAAGGAAAUUAUGUUUUGAAAAUAAUUGUCAAAUAAUACUCAAAUCGAAAUCUAAUAUAAUUACAAUUAAUCAUCAACAUCCAUCCACGUAGCCUGAAAGAAUCACGAAAAUAGUAAUCAAAUCAAAAUUUGUCUCUGUUACCAAAAAUGACAUUGAAUUCACGGUGUUCAAUUGACGGAAGUUGUGUUCAAUUAUUCAACUUUAAUACAAUAUGGAGAUUAUGCACCACCCUAGCUGUUAUAUGUUUACUCUUUCCUCUACACACAGAAUCGGCUGGCAGUUUAGAUGAUGAAGAUGGUCCCUACCAAGGCAAAUAUUUAGGCAAAAUAAAUUCCUACCAUCACCAGGUAUCUGGCGAUGUCUAUGCUGUGAAUGAAUUUACCUUCCUUUUUGUGGGAUUUAAUUAUGAUGGUAACGGUGCUGAUACAUUUUUCUGGGCGGGUACCUCCAAUCGGCCAGGACCCCAGGGUUUCAUUGUACCAGAUGAAUAUGGCAAAACAAAUAUCCUAGACCGUUAUCACAAUAAGGACUUUACUCUACAGUUGCCGGAUCGCAAGAAAAUCACCGAAGUCAAAUGGUUGGCUGUUUACGAUUUGAAUAAUCAGAAUAAUUUCGGUGAUGUCUAUAUACCCGAUGAAUUUGAACCGCCACAGCCCCAGUUGGGUGGGACAUUCUCGAAACGUAGUCAUAAUGUUAGCAGCGGUGCUAUUGAAAUAUUGGAUUCAAAGACAAUUCGCAUACCCGAUUUCACCUAUGAUGGUAAGGGGAAGAGGACAUUCUUUUGGACUGGGGUAGGGGCACAGCCAUCUAGUCGUGGCGGCAAAAUACCCGAUGAAAUGGGAUAUUUGGAUCCCAUUCGAGAAUAUAAAAAGGAGACCAUCACCUUAGAAUUGCCUGGAGAUAAAACCAUUUUUGAUAUUGAUUGGAUAAGCAUCUAUGAUUUGGCGGAUAAUGAAAACUAUGGCCACGUUUUGAUAGCAGAUAAUCUAAAUGUCCCACCCUCGUUGGUGAAAAUUACCCCCUAUGAAUUUGCCCUACCCAAUUGCCGGCAGUUGCACAAAAAUCUCCAGGUUUCGUGGGAGGUAUUUGGCCCGCAGAUAACUUUCCAAUUAUCUGGCCAAGUGGAAAAGGAUGACUAUAUGUCAUUUGGUUUAUCUGGCUCGGACACUUCAUCGCAGAUGAUAGGUGGUGAUGUGGUUGUGGCCUAUAUCGAUGAUAUACGUGGCUAUUCGGUGGAUUAUAACAUAACCUCUUUGGCACCCUGUGUCCAGGUGUUGGGCCAAAAUAAGGGUGUGUGUCGUGAUGAUGUUGUCGGUGGCUUGGAUAGUUUCCAAUUGAAUACCUACAGCCGCAAGGAUGGCAUAAAUACUUUGACUUUCCGCAGAACGCUGAUAUCUUCUGAUCCUGGUGACAAAGAAAUACGUUUGGAUCGUAGCAACUAUAUUAUUUGGGCCCUUGGCCAAUUAGACACCAACUAUGAACCGGCCUUCCACACCUACUAUCCCAAGAGUGACGUUCUAAUCGAUUUCAAUACAACGGAACCUGUGAAUGACUGCUUCAGUUUUACCAAACAUGUCGAUAAUCCCAUUCAGACAUGGGAGAGGGUUAAAAUUUUAGAUCCAACUGUUCGUACAUUCAAUGCCUAUUUGGGUCCAUCGGGUGGCCAAAAAGCCUAUCAGGGUUGGACGGGACACGUAUCCAGUGGCUUGGCUUGGUACAUAAAUGGUUAUAUGAUUCCGGAACUUUUUAUGAAACGUGGAUUGACAUAUGUUUUCAAGGUCCGUGGUGGUAACAAUCCCCAUUCACCCGACAACUACCAUCCGCUGGUAAUAACCGACGAACCACGCGGCGGGUAUGAUCGUCUCAGUGAUGCCAAACAGAGUGAAAUUCGUGUCUUGGCCGGUGUUGAAUUUACAAGGCGUGGUCGGCCUAAACCCACUGCUGCCGGUCCCCUGUGCAUUUCACGUUAUCCGCCUGGCUAUGAUCGGCGAUUGGAUGAUAACUUCCCUAGUUUUAAGAAAUUCAAUCGUUCCCUAAUAACCGAUUGUCCGCCCGAAGAGCCGGCCUAUUUGGAAAUCACACCGAACAUAACGUGGCCCGAUGUGGUCUACUAUAAUAGUUUCACCCAUGCCAAUAUGGGUUGGAAAAUCAAUAUUAUCGAUAAUUAUAAUAAUGUCAGGAAUUCGGGAGAAUCCAUGCAGCAGCUGCAUGUUUUCGUAGCACUUGCUGCUGUUGUGGUUUCUGUGCUGAGACUAUGAAAAUUCGAAAAAAAUGCAUGUUCGUACGUACAUUCAUUGACUGAUUGAUGUUAUUAUUAUUUGUUAGAUAAUUAUAUAAAUGUGUACAUGUCUGUGUGUAUUUAUACAUACAUACAGUAUGUAGCGAUAUGUGUGUAAAACAAAACAAAUGAUCAUUUAAUAUUUCCUUUUUCUUUAUUUAACAAAUGUCCAUUAUUCUCGCUCUCAUAGUCUUGUUUCGAUUUUUUCCUAAAUGUCUUUUGAUAAGUCAAAAAAUAUAUGUAUGCGUCAGCUUAUGUACAUAC